AUGAUCGACUGGAUCGUGAAUUUGCAAGGAAAAUAUCCGAAAAAUGUUUAUGUUUACUCCGCGGGACGAAGUUAUGAGGGUCGUGAUAUUCCAGUUGUUGUACUUUCAAAUGGAGAUGGAAAUAGGAACAAAAAUACGAUAGUUGUUGAUGCAGGAGUUCAUGCAAGGGAAUGGAUUUCACAUGCAGAAGCACUUUUUAUCAUCUCCCAACUAGCUGAAAACUCAACAAAUCAUCAAGAUCUCUUACAAACUCUGAAUUGGAUCAUCAUUCCGAUCGCCAAUCCCGAUGGUUAUGUUUACACUCAAACCGAUGAUCGUCUUUGGCGCAAAAAUCGUCGACCUUCCAAGAACAGUUCUUGCAUCGGCACAGAUCUAAAUCGCAAUUUCGGCUACAAUUGGGGCGAAUUAGGAGCAAGCGAUCAUCCUUGUCACUUACUUUAUCGCGGCGAAUCGGCUUUUUCUGAAAAAGAAACAAAAAUCAUUAAAAAAGUACUGAAUAUUUACCGAAAACGAACAAAAUUUUAUUUGUCACUUCAUGCUUACGGAAAUAUCUUACUUUAUCCUUUAAAUGUUGGUUCAAGUGAAAAACUUGAAUUUCUUGCUAAAAUCGGAGCAGAUGCAAUUCUCAAAGCAACACGCACAAAAUAUCGUGUUGGAACGCCCGAGAGCGUAAUAGGGUAUGCCGCAUCAGGAGCAAGCAUAGAUUAUGCAUUGGGAGUACUUCAAAUUCCAUUUGCGCUUGGGAUGGAAUUGCCCGGCGGAGGAAUUACGGGUUUUGAUCCGCCAACGAGUUUUAUUGAACCAAUUUUAAGGGAAACUUGGAUUGGAAUUCGUGCCAUGGCGAAAUAUGUUGCUGAAAAGUAUUCUGAAAAAAAAUAA